UAGGUGCUCCCCUGGAUUUUUUAAAUCCAGCCCUCUUCAACCGGUAGUCUCUGUAUAUAUAUAAAGUGGCAUUUGUAAACUCAUAGCUCGCUCGAGACUGGAAAAUGGAUGCCCAAACCCAAGUGCAGGUUGAAGGAUCAAAGGUCCGCAAAGUUGACUCAAAUGAUGCAUGGGUAUAUUUACUUACAAAAGCCCAAGCUCAAGCUUGCCCUAUUGCGGUUCAUUUUAGCGCAUCGUGGUGUGCGCCUUCCAUUGCCAUGAAUUCCUUGUUUGAGGAGCUUGCUGUGAAAUAUGAUGAUAUUCUAUUCCUCUUGGUGGAUGUAGAUGAAGUAAAGGGUGUUGCUGCAAAAAUGGAAGUAAAGGCGAUGCCUACUUUUAUGUUCCUCAAGGAUGGGAUGCAAGUGGAUAAAUUGGUUGGGGCGAAUCCAGAUGAGAUAAGGAAACGAGUGGGUCAAUUUGCUCGGUCCAUGCGUGUAAAAUAGAAUAUACAACAACAUUAUGUUUUCUAUUGACAGGGGGGCAGUGAUGAGUAGGUAGGUGUCUUGGAGAAUAGUAGGAUGCUCUGGGGAGAAAACUUGUGUAGCUAAUAAAAGAUGGAAAGAUUAAAA